AGUCCAAUAUCUUUAUUAUAUGUCCUUUUUGUGUUGAGUAAGUGAAGGGAGUUUGUGGAGUGGAUAAUAAUGUUGAUAACGGUUAGGGAAGCAUGUUCUUCUUCUCCCCUCUGUUUCUGGCUUAAUCGUCAGAACCCAAAACCCUAUAAAACGCUAAAAUCUUGCAUUUGGAAAGCCUCUUUAUCUGUCCAACGAAGACCCAACAUUUCCAUUCAUUCUUCUAAUUCCGCUGCUCACCUCUCUUGCAGCAGUGAGGUAGCAAAUUUUGAUCCCUUGGGUAUUAACUCAGAUUUAUCUUCUGCUCUGAAUUCUACCUGGAAAAAUCUGGCGUGCUUUUUUACGCAAACAUUUGAGAGUGCUUCAAGUACAGAAAAGGAAAAACCUAACUCUUCACGAGGAUUAGCAGCUGCAAUAGAGGACAGUUCAAUAGAUUUUGGUGACUUCUUCAAAGGUCCGCUGCCCGGGAAGUUUCUCAAGCUAUUAGGGUUCCUCGCAUUGUCUCGGCUUGGUGUAUACAUACCUCUAGGUGGAGUUAAUAGGGAGGCUUUUGUUGGAAAUUUGGAUCAAAACAGUUUAUUAAGCACUCUGGACUCAUUUUCUGGUGGAGGUAUUGGUAGACUUGGGGUAUGCUCCCUUGGUAUUGUUCCAUUCAUCAAUGCACAAAUUGUUUUCCAGCUUCUAGCCCAAAUAUACCCCAAAUUGCAAGAUCUUCAAAAAAGAGAAGGUGAGGCUGGGAGGAAGAAAGUUUUGCAGUACACUCGAUAUGCCUCAGUUGGAUUUGCCAUUGUACAGGCAAUUGGCCAAGUUCUUUACCUACGUCCCUAUGUCAACGACUUUUCUGUAGAGUGGGUUCUUUCUUCUGUUAUCUUAUUGACUCUUGGCUCUGUGUUUACAACAUACAUUGGAGAACGAAUCACAGACCUAAAACUUGGGAAUGGCACCUCUCUUUUGAUAUUCACAAACAUUAUUUCCUACUUGCCAGCUUCUUUUGGUAGGACAAUUGCGCAAGCAUUUAAUGAUGCUAACUAUGUUGGACUUGCUACUAUCAUUGUGUCCUUCUUUUUGUUGGUAGUUGGUAUAGUCUAUGUUCAGGAAGCAGAGAGAAAAAUCCCACUUAACUAUGCUUCUAGAUUUACCAGUAGAAGUGGUGGAUUAGAAAAAUCGGCUUACCUACCCUUUAAGGUAAAUAGUUCUGGAGUAAUGCCCAUCAUAUUUUCUACAUCAUCAUUAGCUCUUCCUGGUACCGUAGCACGCUUCACUGGUUUAACAGCACUAAAGAAAGCUGCGGUGGCUUUAAAUCCAGGGGGUUCCUUUUACCUUCCAUUUAACAUACUUUUGAUAGCAUUCUUCAAUUACUAUUACACUUUCCUACAACUGGACCCUGAUGAUGUGAGUGAACAAUUGAAACGUCAAGGUGCUUCAAUUCCACUUGUCAGACCAGGCAGAAGUACAGCUACAUUUAUCAAAACAGUUCUUAGUCGAAUAUCAGUUCUGGGUUCAACAUUUUUGGCUAUCUUGGCUGCUGGUCCCGCAGUUGUUGAGCAGACCACACACCUGACUGCGUUCCGGGGAUUUGCAGGAACAUCUAUUCUUAUUCUUGUUGGUUGUGCAACAGACACAGCAAGAAAAGUUCAAGCUGAGAUUAUAUCCCAGAAGUACAAGAACAUUGAGUUCUAUGAUUUUGACAAAUAUUGACCAUAAAAGGCGGGGUAGUGUACACAAAAUUAGAAAAUCGCAGCUACACAAUUCUCCCAAUAGGGGAAUGUUGGAAUGUGAGCCAAAGGUCUCCCUUCUCUGUACAAUACUGUACUGUUCCAUUUUAUUUCGGCCUGUAAAUAAUGUAGAGUAGCGAUUUGUUGAAUUUCUGGUUGAAAAAUUUAUUCGGAAAAUCCAUAUAGUUGCUUGUAUAGUAACUGAUUUAUCAAUCAAAGCACACGGAUACAAAAAGAGCAACUCGUGG